CCGAUUCUCAUGAUUGGUGAUACCAUACGUUUUGGUGAAAUGAAAGUUUUUUUUUCUUUUCUUUUGUGGACUAUGGGAUCAUCUUUUGAAAGCGCGUACGACAAGAUACUUCUAGGACAAAGGCACCAUACGUGAAAAUGUGAACAGGAAAACACGUAAAUUAGUUACCACCGUGAAGAAGCGACCUCAAAGGCUCCUGAUACGUCACGUCAUGUAGACGUUAAAACCAUUACACGCCGCUGACACAAUUAUGCAACGCCAAGACGUCUUAUCAACGUGAUAAUGAGAUAUUUGGUAUAAAAACGAAAUCAUUCAAGCGUGUUAGAAUAACGUAAACUAACAUCACCAAACGUGAUAUGACGUAAGAUAAUUACAUGAUACAAGAUAAAAUUGACGUCACCUGUGUAGACCUCUUUAUUUAACGUUGACUUCAUGACAAGAUACGUACUGCGUUUAAGGACUCAGUGAAAUUGCCACUGGAGUGUAUAGAAUCGAAGUGAAGUCAAAAUGUAUUCUGCGAUUCCAAAGGACUGGCGUCAGGAUUUUGACGUCAACGUCACAAUCCAGGAGCUGAACGAUUCCUUGGCGGAAUUACACGUGCCUACGAUCGCAUUUAUCGCUCUUCUGAUGGUGCUCGGAGUCCUAGGGAACAUACUCGUUCUUUACGUGUACACCAGGAAGUAUCAUCCAUCCACGUACAGAUGCUUCAUCCUGUGGCUGGGCUGGAUUGACCUGGUGGCUUGCACUGUCGGGAUGCCCCUCCUCAUUGUCAGCAUGCUCUUCCCCUACAUGUUCCCCUCGGAGGCCGCCUGUAAGACCCUCCGCUUCCUGCACGUGUUCUUCGUGGUCGCGUCCGCCUUCAUCGUGAUCACUAUCGCCAUUGAGCGCCACCGUAGGAUAUGUAACCCGUUUUCACCGGAAAUGUCCACCCGGAAAAUAAAAAUCAUGUGCGCGGUGGCGUCCAUCCUCGGGUGCAUCGUGGCGCUUCCGGCAAUAUUCGUAUACGGAGGCACCGUCGUAGAAACCGGGGUUAACAACAUUAACGGCACGGAGUGCUUCAUUGAUCCGCGGAUGAAGGAUUCAAGUUUCCCCAAAGCGUAUUUCGCCUUGCAGCUACUACUCAGCGUUUCAUGUAUGGUCGUAAUGGGGAUUUUUUACUUUCGGAUUGGUCGUACGAUUAUGGCACACCAUAAGUUUAUCCGGGAGAACACGUACAACGCCCGGGGCCCGCUCUCCGGAACCGACCAAAAAAGAAAAACAAAGGAAUCAUUUGCAGAACCCGACAGUGAUAUAGAGUUAGUGAAUGACACCAACCGGGACACUGACAAACAAAAUGGCGCGACCAAUGGGAAUGCUCCAAAUUCACGCGAGAAUUCCCCUGCUCGAUAUUCAUUGGACAAUUUUGAUUCUAAGAAAGACCCGUAUGGAGAACUUUUAAGAAAAGUUGUAAAGGACAAUUCUAGGUCCAAUUCACCCAAAUCUGAUCAACAGACACCAGAGUCGGGCGAGUCAACGCCCCAAUCACAGCGGAAGAACAGAGGAAAUAAUCGUUUGGCAACUCCACGUCGUGAAUCAAUAACAAACAGAGGUCCAAGCUUGCGAACAAAGCAAGUGACCCUCAUGUUAUUCAUUAUCACUGUUGUGUUCGUGUUAAGCUUUAUACCACAUUUAAUAUUAAUGGUUACCAUAUCGUUCAAGUCCGAUUUUCUCAUGGAUAUGUCUCCGAUUGGUGUGGCAGUUUACAACAUAUUUCUACGAUCGUUUGUCAUCAACAACAUGGCCAACCCAAUAAUUUACGGUUUUUGUGACAAAAAGUUUCGGUCUGAAUGUUCUGCCGUCUGCUUAAGUUUCUUUUGCUGGUGUUUCAGACGAUAAUUAGCCAGUAGUUAAGCAACAGUUAUAAUCAGAUACGAUCGUCUGCACUGACGCCUGCAUACGAUGACUUCAGUUUUAAACAAAUGUUUUAGACAGACUGUACUAUGUUUAAGCAUCUAUUAUGUUGGUUACUGCUGCUGUUGCAGAUGAUGAUUACGCAUGUAGCAAAAAUAUAGACACACGAUAUUUAUAGACAACGUCUGGUAAACUGUUGUUGCGUAUUGGAUUUAUAAACAGACGACAGUCUCAAAAUGUUUUUAGCAGUGUGAUUAACUUAGGGUUAUCAUUUUAAACGUCCAAAUUGGGAGGUUAAUGGCAUUAUUUUAGUCUGAGACUAGAACAUUAGUUAUAAGUUUAUCAUUCGUUGUUUAGAAGUCCUGAUAAUUUUAUUGCAAGAAUUUACAUUUGUAUAGCAUUUCAUACUGAUUUUUUACAUCGUUAUUUCAUGUCAUAGAUUUUAAUUACUUGUAUGUAUAUGUAUGCCAUUAACAUGGUGUAUAUUAUUUAAUUAUUUUACCGAACAUAACAGUAUUUCCAUUUCGUAAUUAAAGUAAUUACUAAGUGUAAUAAUUUUUGUAAUGAAAUCACAUUCAUAUCAUUAAUUCUGAGUCUAUAUUUGCAUGCUUAGUCUCAUUUAGGGCAUUUGCAUAGUAUAUGUUAAAUGCAUUAAAUAGUACAUGUGAGGACAUUCGAUUGCUUUGAACUAUACCAUUUGGACGUCGAUAUCAUGGUGCAAGAUUACAUAAAAUUUGUUUGCCAAAAUAUUUAUCUCUGAUUCGCUGAUAAACUAAGAAACUGCUUGGCAGUUAUGGUUUAAUUUUAUGACGUUUCUUGAUCAAGCCCUUAAGAUUGUGGUAUCAGUAUAGUUCUUGAAAAACAAAUAGAUGCACCAGUAUUUUCUCAUCAGAUAUUGGAAUUUAAUGUAUUUGCAGGUAAAGUUGUAAAGAUGUUACUGAUAAAAGAUCAACUUUAGUCAUACAUGUAAAUGAACUGUUGAUAUAUUGCAGAUAUGGCUUUAAGAUGGCACUAGAUAAUACCUAGUUGUAUGUCUUGAUCGACAGAAAUUGAUAACUUUAUGUACUCAAUCAUUGAUUCUUAUCUAGUCAAUUCUAAGACACAAUGUCAUUUUUAUAUUUAUUGUUUUUAGAUAGUUUCUUAGCAGAAUUGUUUUAAAUGUUCUGUGAUAUUAGAGUGCGGUGUAUCGUCGAACCCAUUAUGGAUAUGUUGUUAAAUAAAUGUUAAGUGUAUCGUAGAAGCUAGUAUGGAUUAUGCUGUAUAACUAAUGCUCCGUGUAUCGUAGACGCCGUUGAGGAUUGUGAUAUAUAAUAAAUGUUAAGUGUAUCGUAAAAGCCGAUAAGGAUUAUACUGUACAACUAAUGUUAGGUGUAGUGUAGACGCAAUUGAGGAUUAUGCUGUAUAACUAAUGUUCUGUGUAUUGAAGAAGCCAUUAUGGAUUAUGCUGUACAACUUAUGUUCGGUGUAUCGUAGACGCCAUUGAGGAAUAUGCUGUAUAACUAAUACUCUGUGUAUCAAAGAAGCCAUUAUGCAUUAUGUUAAAUAACAAUUAUUCGGAGCAUCGUAGAAGCCAUUGUGGUUAAUGCUAUAUAACUCAUGCUCAGAGUAUCGUAAAACCCAUUAAGGAUUAUGCUGUACAACUAAUGUUCGGUGUAUCGUAGACGCCAAUGAGGAUUAUGCUGAACAGUUAAUGCUUGGUGUAUUGUAGACGCCAUUGAGGAUUAUGCUGUACAUCUAAUUUUCGGAGUACCGUAGACGCCAUUGAGGAUUAUGCUGUUUAGCUUAUGUUCGGUGUAUCGUAGACGCCAUUAAGGGUUAUGCUGUACAACUAAUGUUCGGUGUAUCGUAAAUGCCAUUGAGGAUUAUGCUGUAUAACUAAUGCUCGGAGUAUCGUUUAAGCCAUUUAGGAUCAUGCAGUAUAACUAAUGCUCGGAGCAUCGUUUAAGCCAUUUAGGAUCAUGCAGUAUAACUAAUGCUCGGAGUAUCGUUUAAGCCAUUUAGGAUCAUGCUGUAUAACUAAUGCUCGGAGUAUCGUUUAAGCCAUUUAGGAUCAUGCAGUAUAACUAAUGCUCGGAGUAUCGUUUAAGCCAUUUAGGAUCAUGCAGUAUAACUAAUGCUCGGAGUAUCGUUUAAGCCAUUUAGGAUCAUGCAGUAUAACUAAUGCUCGGAGUAUCGUUUAAGCCAUUUAGGAUCAUGCAGUAUAACUAAUGCUCGGAGCAUCGUAGACGCCUUUCAGGAAGGUUCUGUCUUUAUGGUUUUCGAUGUUUCGUAGAGAUCAUUAAAGAUUAUGCUGUAUACCUUUUGUUCGCUGUAUCAUAGGAACCAUUCAGGAAGAUUUUUUUAUGGCUAGAGUUUUGUGUAUCGUAGAGAAUGUAAAGGAAGAUGAUGUAUGACUUGUGGGUGCUAUCUCAAGACCAGUGACAGGUUUAUCGUAGAAUCCAUUCAGAAAGAGGUUUUAUAACACGUGUUAACUGUAGCAAAUGACUAGUGUUCGGUGUAUCGUUGAAUCCAUUUUGUAAGGUGCUGUAUAACUUGUGCCCGGUGUUUCGUAGAGGUAAUUCUGUGUAUCGUAUAUGUCGUCAAUGAGUAUGCUAUAUAACUAGUGUUCGGUGUAUCGUAAGAGCCAUUCAGGAAGAUGCUGCAUCAAUAUUUUUCGGUUUAUCGUUGAGGCCAUAAUGGAAAUUUUCUGUGUAUUAUGUUGAAGAAAAAUAAAAUUCGAAAGUCUA